AUGAAAACACGUCUUACUGCAUUGACAUGGCGAGGUUCUGCAUCCGUGGAUCCACGGUUCUCGGCUGCAAUGCUUCCGUGGUCCAUAACGGAUAUCAGAAAUCAGGAAAAUUAUUUAACUCUGUCCGUUGGAAUUGACAAUGGUUAUUUAGAAGCUUAUAAUACGGAUUUCGAGCUUCAAUUUGUACAUCAACUGAAAUAUAUUCUGGGCUACUGCAGGAUAAUCGUCAAGCAGGAAAAAGGAAAGAAAAAUUCUGAUUUCUUGAUCCCGAAAUCCAGCAGUACCCGCGUUCUUCCAAUUACGAUUGGUAAUGAUAAUGUGGCGGAAAUAAGUGGACCAGACUAUGGUUUAGUUUAUCUAUUGAAAAAUCCUCAAGAUCCGCUACUGCAUAUCCAUCUAUACGAGUGUGAAAAAUACGAACAGAUGGCAGAACUAAUGCAACAAAUGCGUGAACCUGUCUCAUUUGGCAGUACAUCAGUUGGUAGUAUUCCGCAAAGUAUUGUGGCGUCUAGUGGAAACUCUAACGAUAUACAUAAAGCAUUGCGUGGCCAAGAAAUCCAUUCAACUCCGGCAUCUAAUUUGAAACUUUCGGAACAAAUGCGAACCGCACAUCACGAUAAUAGUCCUACGUUAUCGCACAGUCAAAAUGGCGCUAGUAAUUACGGACAGGCCCAUCCGUCACAAGGACGUUUAUCUACUUCGAAAAGCUUCUCUAGUGGAUUAAAUCACUCAAGCAGUGGAGGAAAUAUUCAAAAUAGUGCAAGCGUAUCUUCGAGCUUGUCAUCGCUACCGGAUAUAUCUGCUAAUAACUCUCAAUUUUUCGAAGUGUUGUACGUUGGAAAAAUCAAAGUGUCGCACAAACGUGUGCCCUUCACCUUUAUCGAUGACGCACUGCCGAAGUUUAAAGCGUAUGAUGCACAGAAACUCAAGCAACAGUUGGAAACGGUACGGAAGACUACCUCUAAUGGAAUGCCAGAAGCAGAAGAAGAGUCAUCUUUUACUCAAACUUCACUUGCUCCCUCGGCACAGGUGCUUAAAAACAUUAACGAACAUGAUGAAACUGCAAGUCAUGGUAAGCAACAGGAUAACUCAAUCAUCUCAGAAAACAAGGAGAACGCUGAACCACAAAUGCCGGAUGAGAGUGAAGUCUUCCGAGGUCGUAGAGUUAGUGACUUUGAUAUACCAACAAAGAAGGUCAUUCCAAUUCGUCGUGAUCGUUCUGCCUCAAUUGGCUCGAUUCCUAUUGUUGAACAAAACCGGACAAUGGUUUUUUUAAUAGGCCAAUCAGAUCUAAGAUUGAUAAGCCCCGAUCGUAAACAGGUCCUUCUACACAAAGAGUUUCGUGACGUCGCCAGCUGUGCCCAGGGCCAAAAGAAUGCGGACCAUUUCGGCAUCAUCUGUCGCGAUGUCAACAAUGACGGCUACAUUGGAUACGUGUUUAAAUGUCAAUCAGAAAACGUUGCAGAUGAGAUUAUUAUUGCAAUCUCACAAGCAUUCCUUGUGUGCUCAGAACAAAAGCAAAAAAGCAAAGCAUCUGCCCAAAUAUACUCAUGCGAACACUGUCCUAUGUUGUGGUAUCAUAAACUAUGUACGGAUAUUGAAGGGUUAAGCGAUAAAAAAACACAAUACAUGUUGUUCAAACGAAUUGAUACCACACUAACCGAAGAAGAGCAACGUAUGCUGAUGGAGAAAUAUCAUGGUGCUGAAGAGGCGGCAGGACACAGUAUUGGAGAACAGAAUCAAUUUCUAAUGAUGCUACUAAGAGCACAUUGUGAAGCCAAGCAGCAGAGACAUGUACAUGACACUGCUGAGAAUAGAACUGAAUUUUUAAAUCAAUAUUUGGGCGGUACAGGAAUUUUUAUGAAGGCGAAGCGAUCAUUAACUAGUUCUUUUGAUCACUUAUUGAAAAGGAGAACGAGUAAAGAUGACUUCAAUGGAGGCCUGUCUUCCAUAAAAGAUUUCAACUCAUGCGGUGAUCUGAAGGGAGAUUUGGAGCCUCAAUCUAGAGCACGGGCUUCAACGAUAGGCUCCAGUCCCUCUUUGUCCCGAAAAAAUUCCGAUUUGGCUGUGCCACAAGUAGUACCGCAGCUAAAGUCGCCUAUGAUGGAUAUCUUCAUGAAAGUAGGGAAUAGUCCUAGAGAUAAUACUGGUCAUGCUGGUUCUUGGCGACAAGCUAUGUUACACCGUGUUGUUACACCGUCCGAAAAAAUAAAAACUUCUGGCGAUGAGAAACGAAAUCGUUCUGAGUUGCGAGAAUUGUGGCAAGUGGCUAUCAAACAAACAAUAAUUCUCAACAGAAUGGAGAAAGAAAAUGCUCGUCUGCAGGCAAGACAGAAUGCCAUUAAGUCGAACGAAAUUAAACGCAUUAAACUAGAGUACGACGAAAUCACAACAUGCGAGAGGUAUGCAGUUGAAAUGUGGGACAAUUUUUUGGACACAUCGACUACAAAAACGAUACAGGAUCCCAAAAUGUUGUACCAGGCAAUAAAAAACGGUGUCCCAAGAGCCCGACGUGGCGAAGUUUGGAAAUUUCUUGCACAACAGCACGAUUACAACACCGAACCAACGGACGAUACAAAUUUCCCCAACUUUAAUACUCCAUAUCAGGUGUUAUUGAAAAACUUAACUGAACAUCAGCAUGCUAUAUUCAUCGAUUUGGGUCGUACUUUUCCUGAUCAUAAAUUUUAUAAGGAUGCUCUAGGUGUCGGUCAACUUUCAUUAUUCAACUUGCUGAAGGCAUAUUCAAUCCUCGAUCCUGAACUAGGAUACUGCCAAGGAUUGGGGUUCAUCUGCGCUGUUUUGUUGUUGCACCUUGAGGAAGCGGAUGCAUUCGACUUAUUGAAACAUCUAAUGUUCAAGAGAAAAAUGCGAGCCAAAUAUCUUCCAGACAUGAGGCAAUUUCAGCUGCAACUUUAUCAACUAUCGCGAUUGUUAAAAGAUAACAUUCCAGAAUUGUAUGACUGGUUUGAUCAACAUGAAAUAUCUCCGACGUUGUAUGCUGCGCCGUGGAUUCUAACUGUCUUUAGUUCCCACUUCCCGUUAGGUUUCGUAGCACGUGUAUUCGACUUACUCUUUCUUGAAUCAUUCGAUGUCAUAUUUAGAUGUGCAAUUAGUCUCCUUGAUUUUCACAAAGAACAACUUUUGCAACAAGAUAACUUUGAGGAUAUCAUGAAUUAUUUAAAAACAGUUGUACCAAAAAUUAAUCCCGAAGUAAUGGACAAGGUUUUUCGGAAUGUGUUCAAGUGCGAUUUCUCUCGGCAGCUGAUAGAGUACCAAGUCGAAUAUAACGUUUUGAAAGAAGAAAUCAGCUCUCAGAAUCACCAUCUGGAAAAUCUUAAACGUGUGAAAGAUGAGAACCAGCAGCUUGAAAGUCAAGUUCAGUUUGCUCAAUCUAGCUUGGCUCAGCUGGAUAAAACUCGACAAAAUCAGCAAAACCAAAUUCAAACACUGCAGAUGCAUGUACAAACCCUGGAGAAUACCGUCCAAACCCUUGUCAAGUAUAUAGAGCAAACAAUGGAAUCUAGAUCCGAUGACGUUUUACCGAACGAAAUAUGUCGGAUCAUGCAACAGGUACAGGAUCUUCAACAUCAACAUGUUCUUCAGCAAAAGAAACGAUCGCCGAUUUUCCUUGAUCGAAAGAUAGGAAAAUCAAUAUCAUUCAAUAGCAAUUUAGGUCAUGCGUUAAAUGUUCUGGAAGAAGCAAAUGAGCAGGAUAAUACGAUCGGAACUCCUACAAAGAAAAAGCCAUUUUUUCAAAGCUCCUUCGAACAAAUUCGACUACAAAAAGCAGGACUUCGGCUGAAUAAAUUAGAUGAAUGCCAUAGUCCAGAGCAUAUAGUCGAACGAAAUACUGCAAGAAUGAAUACCAGUGACGAUAGCGGCAUUGCCACUCCGAUCAGCCCACAACUACAUGCUCCAUCGACGACGCCUAUGAUACCAGAUAGCAGACCAUUAGUACCCACAAUGGAUAUUCAUCCCCUUAGUGGGGAUGUAAAUGUACAGUUCAACGGUACAACUCAGCUCAAAUCUAUCAAACCUCGUAUACAAUCGCGACAAAGUUCGAUUUCAUCAAUCGUGGGAGAUAUGGGCGACAAGAGUACCUCCUCUACAGACCCAAAUAAUCAAAGUUAACAAUCAGUCUUUGAUCGAUGAACAGUCACAGUUAUAAGAAUGGAAUAUUUCGAUACUCUUAUCUCAUAAAGUAACCGUUUGUGGUCGUCGAGCAGUUCCAUGUGACCACUGACGCUCUACAUAAUGUCAGAAAAAUUGACAUCGUUCGCUAUCUUGCAUUCGCUUAAUCAAAUCACCAUUUCAAGCAGAGCUAGACGUAGAAUGAAUUCUCAAAUACAUAACGUGGAUUCAAGGAAUUUCCUAUCAAGUUAGUGUAACACGAAAUGAAGUUUGAAAUUUUGUUACAUUUAAACGCAAACUAAUAUAAAAUAAUUUUGAUAUAUUUUUUUGUAUGAUUCUAAUCGGGGGAUCCUAUGCUAUGUCAGAUCAUAGUAUGGCGUUAGAGGUCAACGUAAAUGAAUUCUUUGGUACACCGCCACAUUGCAUUUUACACAAUUACAAUGGUAAC